GCGCCCGUCACCAUGGAGGCCAGACUGCCCUGGCUGCUGACAGUGGUCCUGGCCUUGGUGUUCUCCAGCUCGUCCGGGGAGUAUGUGGGCCUGUCGGAGAACCAGUGUGCCGUCCCGGCCAAGGACAGGGUGGACUGCGGCUAUCCCCAGGUCACCGCUGAGCAGUGCAAUAGCAGGGGCUGCUGCUUCGACUCCAGCAUCCCCGGGGUACCCUGGUGCUUCAAGCCACUGGAGAAGUCAGAAUGUACAUUUUGAAGCCACGCCCACUGCCCCUGGACACCCUGGGAGGUGAACGUCCACAUCCAGGCACUCUGCCCGCUCAUCUCUGCCUUUCUAUCACCCUGCUCCUGGCAAGGCUUCAUCUGAAAGUUGAUGUCUGGGGCCUGAUGUCUUAAAGAAUAAAGAUCCAUGCUCAGCACAAGGCCAGGUGUUCAUUCCUGA